ACGCCAUGCUUCAAACUGAUAACAAGACGAUCUAUCGACAACUAUACGCCGUUGGCCGAGUAUCAAAGGGAAUCGGUGCGUGCAUGUGCGGACUAUUGCAUCAUGGCUGCUGGUAACGGAAGACGGAAGAAUGUGAGGCUACCUUCAGAAAUAGAAAGCGAAGAUGAGACAAUGCGAGACGCAGAAAUUCCAAAUGGAAUAAAUUCUGGAUCUGACACAGCUGAAAAAAUGAGAGCGCUUCAGAAGAAAGACCAGAGCUCAAAAUCGGAAGAGAACGAAAUUCUAGAACCUCCGAAAGAACCAUGUUUGACAAGCACUGGUUACUAUGUAGUGAUUGGAAAUGAAAUCGUUCGACCAAUAGCUAAUGGAGGAACAGUGAAGGUAUUCAACGAAGUCGAUCAAGGAGACUGUGCGAAGUUCUGUAGCAGUAAUCAGGGACCAGAUAAAGAACUGUUGGUAUGCAGCUCACUGAACUACUUCCCACUCACAAGAAAAUGCGAAUUAUACAGCAUAGUUGCUGAACCUCAUGGUCCUGGAAACCUUGUGGAGAACCAGGACGUGAUAUAUGCAGAGAAAUUCUGCUUGCCAGAGUCGCGUCAGACCUGCCAAGAAGAUGAAGUGUUUAUACUUCACGUGCAGCGAAGUUUGACUACUGUCCCAAUGUCACAGACACCGUCGCAAAGCAUCUCCAAGUGCUUAAAAGCUUGCCUUGACAACAAUUCCUGCAAGACUGGAGUAUUUGAUUCAACGAAAGAACUCUGCCUACUGUACAAAGAAGCUGUGUCCAAAUCUCAAGACUCAAUUGUGGACACCCCUCCAGGAUUCGUAAUGAUUGAGAAUGGAUGUGCUGAAAGCAAGAGAAAAACCAGUAAAAAGCGUGAAAAAGUGGAAAUUCUACCAUCACCUGUUAAGGAAGAAGCGUCAUCGGAAUGGUCUGAAUGUCACUUCCGGGUCAAUGGAGUUCGAGGUGGCCGAUCGGUGGCUGUUUGGCCUCCGCGGAUGCAGCCCUAUACGGCUUGCCUUCAAAUCAGUCGACUUAAAAUUCUCAUCUGCGGUGACAAACGUGUGGGCAAAACGUCAUUGAUUCAUGCAUUUCGAGAUGAUUACUUCACAGAGAACGUCCAGGAAACAGACGACAUGGUCUGCAAAAUGCACUACAUUCAGGAUCGACGAACGCUGUUUCAGAUGGUUGAACUCCAUAUUGGUCGAUUAUUGCCACCUGAUGCUGCCAAUGCCCAAGCCAUUCUGCUUCUAUUCGACGACGAAUCGCCAUGGGCUUUGAAAAGACUCAAAGAAUACUGGUAUUCCAAAAUUAACCUCUACUUCUCUCACGUGCCACUAUUUCUCGUCCGUACUAAAUGUGACUUAAGAAAGUCUUUCGAUCCCGAACUGGGAGAAAAAUUAAAGAGCUCAUUGCAUGCGAUGCGAUAUCUGGAGUGUUCAGCUAAGCAAAUGCAAGUUCUGGUGAACGUUCGAGAAUGUAUAACGAAUCCGGCAGCAUUUCCAGAAGUCAAACAGACGAUCGAUUCCUACCUGCCCUAUAGAAUCUUUGGCACGACUCCGGCCGUCGCGGCUAAUCCGGACCAAAAUCAACCGCCAACACCUACUCACAAUGCUUGCAACGAUUCCACUGCAACUCCAAAACAACUGGACAGCACUCAACCAAAUGAUGAACGAUCCCCUCGGGAAGAUAUGCCGACUGCAAGGGAGCCGUUAUUGGGAAAGCCAAAGUCAAGCAAUAUUAAUGAAGACGACUGUUAA